CAAACGAAUUGCACGGCUUUGCGUUUAACAAACGGCUGUUGGAAUCCAAGUAAUACUGGCUCCAACGCGACGGCAAUAACAGGUAGAGAAAUGAAGCUGUGUUCGUCCCAAUCCCCACGGAAAAAAGACAGCGCGUGGUCCUGGUUAGUUUGUUUUUCGGGGUCGCUUGCCUUGGCUUUAAUCUUUGCUUUUACACAGUGUUUUGCAAUUAUUAUGCCUGUUUUCAUGAAAAUGUUCAAGGAAUCCAAGUCAAAAACUGCUUGGGCUGGAUCAAUCCCGAUGGGACUAACGUUCUUCGCCAUGCCAUUUUCAACCAUGUUUGUCAACCGUACCAAUUUCCGUGUUGGUGCAGUUGUGGGUGGACUCAUGAGCUGCACCAGUCUAGUGAUUACAUCUUUCACCCAAAACCUCCUUCAGAUCUUCUUCUCCUACAGUAUUUURUACGGUCUUGGGACAUCGUUGAUUUUUACUUCCUCUAUUGUGGCUGUGACAAACUACUUUGAAAAAAGACAGGCGAUUGCAGUUGGACUCCUUACGGCCGGUCAAAACAUCGGAACUUUAUCAUUAGGACCAAUUACUCAGACUCUUCUUGAUUUGUAUGGUCUGAGAUGGAUGUAUAGGAUAAUUGCAGCGUCAUUUGUAUUACCYAUUGUACUAAYGGCCAUAGCCAAUGAUCCGAACGUCGAGGGGCACGCUAGUCAUCAUGGGAAUGACAGGGAGCCAGAAGAGACCAAACAGCAAGGUUUUACUUGCGCAAACAUUAUUAAAGUGUUUACAACACCGGCAUACGUCAUUGCGAUUACGUCAUUGACUCUUCAAUCUCUUACUUGCUUUAUAUCUUACGUUCAUUUGAUUAGCUACUGUAUCGAGGUUAACAUCGAAGUACAGAGAGCAUCGCGGCUGUUCAUUGCUAUUGGUGUGUCAUCAAUGGUCUCCUGUGUGGUUUGUGGACGUAUCUUGGACAUUAAAACAGUCAACCCAUUCCAUGUCAGCCAAGCUGGUGCUUUAUCAAUGGGACUGAGYAUGCUUCUACUUCAACUUGCUACCGARUACUAUCACUUCAUCAUAUACUCGGUGUUYCUUGGUCUUGGUCUUGCUACUUUCUAUACAACAGUUAUUGUGCUUUUGUUGAAGACCGUUGACAUCAGACUCAGUUUAAUUGCUUUGUCUCUUGGCCAGACCGUUACCUCGAUAGGAAAUACGAUAGGACCGCCAUUAAUAGGAUUUAUAGCCGACGUCGAAGGCUCUUACAGACCUGCCUUCUUUACAGCAGGAGGAAUAAUGCUACUAGCAUUCGURACUCCCUUCUUACAGUAUUGCUUUAAGCCAUGGAGAAAACAGCCAAUCGAUCAUCUGGCUGUUGAAGUCAAUCAUGACGUCACUAGUGACUUGACCAAUGGCGUAGUAUCCAAUGACGUCAAUAAGACAAAUCAAAGACAUGGUGGUGAACUAGAAGAGAUUGUCUUGAAGAACAUGAACAAUGAUUUACCUGAAUCGCACAUUAAUGGAUCUUGCAUCCGCGACGGAGAAUUAGUAGAUGUGGACGAAAAYAAGMAGAAUCACGAGGRUCAUGRCAAUAUUGAUACUAAAGACGCAAACGAGGUGCAAAAACCAGUUAAGAAAGAUGAAGGAGAAACAAUUGAAGGCAGUUUUGCUGACUCAUCUUGCAUAAAUGAAGCUUUUGAUGCAAAAGAAGACGAACAAACUGAUUCAAACAAUGAAUUGCAACAAAACAAAACUUUAGAAGAGACCAAAGAGGACUUAAACACCAAGUUAUAAAUCAGUAGCUUGUGCUAUUAUAAGCCGUUUUCAGUCGAAAACUGAGACUAUUGCUGCGUUGCAGCGAAAGAUUUAUAGAUACCGUUUUUURGGUGUUUCAGUGAGAAAGCUAAGAUUUUACGCUCUAGCUCUCUCUCUUUAAUAAACAAUGGUCAGUGCCUCCAUUUUGUGCACUGAACAACAUGA